AGAGACUGGGUGGUAUGAGGAAUCCACCUUGCGUAGCCAGGCAUGGGCUCUGCUCUCAGAAGGAUUGAAGGGCAGCUGAAUAGAAUCCUGUUCAAGCAAUUGGGGAAGGAAGAAGGGGGGUGGGGGUCUGGAAAGAGACUUCACCCCCACCCCCACCUCUGUGUGGAAAGGGCAGGGUGCGCCUGUGCUGCUCUCCCUUCACCCCAGGGCACCCUGCCUUAUUUGGGGCUGGCUGGAGGGGGGCAGGCUCUGACUGGCAGGGCUUAACCCCCUCCUGCUCCUCCUUCGCCCCCCCCCCCUCCAACCCCAACCCCUCCCUCUAACCUCCAAAAGGGGAAUUUUCCAGCUGGUGAUUUCUGCUGCGUCAACACACAGCUCAAGGGAAAGGAAAGGAGAGGAGAGGAGAGAAGGGGGCAUUAGAGCAGGCGCUCCAGCCUGCAAAAAUAGCCAGCGCUUCCACUCUCUCCUGAGAGCUUCUUCCUUCUUUCUUUUUUAAAGGGUGCUUUCCACACCAGCCUCUGUGCAAGUUGGACCAAGAGUUUCCAACAAAAGGAGAGAGUGGCUCAGAACUGCUUGGAAGAAAGGGAUGAGAGUGGUACAGACAUAGUCGUGCAAAUGAACAAUCGAAAGGAAGAUAUGGAGAUUGCCUCCCACUACCGUCAUCUGCUUCAAGAACUCGAUGAACAAAGGCAGCACGGUAUCCUCUGUGAUGUUUGUAUUAUCGUGGAGGGAAAAAUCUUCAAGGCUCAUAAAAACAUUUUACUUGGGAGCAGCCGGUACUUCAAGACACUGUACUGCCAGGUGCAGAAGACCUCUGAGCAGGCAACCGUCACUCAUUUAGACAUUGUAACGGCACAGGGCUUUAAAGCAAUCAUUGAUUUCAUGUACUCCGCACACCUUGCACUGACCAGCAGGAAUGUUAUUGAGGUGAUGUCAGCUGCUAGCUAUCUCCAGAUGACUGAGAUUGUCCAAGCCUGUCAUAAUUUUAUAAAGGCUGCUCUUGACAUUAGUAUAAAAUCUGAUGCAUCAGAUGAUCUUAUCGAUUAUGAACUUGGGGCUUCAUCCAGCAGUAGUACAGAUGCCUUGAUUUCAGCAGUCGUAGCCGGUAGGAGCAUAUCUCCCUGGCUAGCGCGGCGGACAAGCCCCACAAACUCCUCAGGUGAUUCAGCCAUUGCUAGCUGUCAUGAAGGAGGGAGCACAUACGGAAAAGAAGAUCAAGAACCAAAACCAGAUAAUCACGAUGACAUUUCUUCCCAGUCUAUUUGGUCAAGUGACCUAGGCUAUGGAUCAUUACGUAUCAAAGAAGAGCAGAUCUCUCCGUCCCAUUGUGGAAGGAAUGAGCUCCAGUCCACCAAAGAAAGUGCAAUGCAGAAUGCUUUCUCGGAACAGAGUGCAAUGGAUGGGUGGCAGCCCACAGGGCGCAGAAAGAACAGGAAAAAUAAGGAUACUGUGCGGCAUAUUACACAGCAACUGGGAGAUGAGAGCGGGACAAACUCUCCAGUCCCACCUUUUCUGUCUGCCUCUGGAUGGCCAUACAGUAGUCGAGAUUCAAGUGUGGACCUGACAGGGGCAGAACCCAACAUUUCUGACAGCCGAAUAGAAAGAGUGGACCUUUAUUCAGCAGUCGAUGAAGCCCUCCUAGGCGGGGAAGCCAGUUACCUCUCUCAGCCUCUUACACCAGAGAAGGAGAAUGCUCUUCAGGCCGUGGCAGUUGCGAACCUGCGGGCAGCUCUUAUGAGCAAGAACAGUUUGUUGUCCUUGAAAGCCGACAUGCUGGGCGAAGAGAGUUCUCUGCUCUUUGAAUACUUACCCAAAGGCACCCAUUCACUGUCUUUGAAUGAGUUCACGGUGAUCAGGAAGAAGUUCAAGUGCCCCUAUUGCAGCUUCUCCGCCAUGCACCAGUGCAUCCUGAAGCGGCACAUGCGCUCCCACACGGGAGAAAGGCCCUACCCUUGUGAAACCUGCGGGAAGAAGUUCACUCGCCGGGAGCACAUGAAGCGGCACACCUUGGUUCAUAGCAAAGACAAGAAAUACGUGUGCAAAGUGUGCAGCAGAGUGUUCAUGUCUGCGGCCAGCGUGGGAAUUAAGCACGGCUCCCGGCGCCACGGCAUUUGCACGGAUUGUUCAGGGCAAGGCAUGGCCGGCCACUUGGAUGCUGGUGGAGGAGACGGUUCUCCAGACGGACUGUAUGGCCCAGAAGGCCAGUACAUGGAAGACGCCGAGGACCUCAAGGCGGAAGGAGACGAAGACCUGGCAGACGACGACGACGACAUGAAAUGGAAGGACGAGGACAUCGAAAUCUCACAAGAUGGUGGGAUCUUGGAGGACGACAGAGAUGGGAUCGACUCCCCGCAGGAGCAUGAGAACUCUGGAGACACUGACAAGGAUUUCACUUGGAUUUCUUAGGGAUUUCUGCUCUUUUCCUCAUUGGUUUGGGGCUACAGAAGGGAAGGAGAAACUCAAGUAGCUCUGUCUGUGUCUCAGUAUACAAAAGGCCCUUGUGCAUGGAGGUUUG